CAUGUUUUGAUCAUAACACUAAGUAUUAAUAUCUACAACCCAUUUUCACAUGGUCAUAACUCCAACAAUAAAAACCAACCCAUUUUUCAAUUGGGUUCAUACUUCAUACCAUUUUAAUAACCCAUUUCCCCUUCUCUCUAAAACCAAGAACAAUUAAAGGGUACAGUGAUUCAGAAGCAGUAGAAUAGAAGCAAGUAUUCAUUUUGUUUGUCAUCUUUCCCAUUCAAAACCUUGGAAAUGGUGUUUUAAACACAAAAAUAAUAAAUACCCAUUAUAAAUAAAUAAUAAUUUUCCUUUUUGGGUUCUUUAUAAUGCAAUUAGGUGGAUUUAUAUUGGAAAAAUCAAGCAACAAUUUCUAUACAAGUAAAGAAUUGAGAAGAAGUAAAAGACAAUAUCAAUGUAGACAAGAAGAAGAGAUAAAACAGAGUAGUAGCAUGGAAUUUAAUUGCUUAUUGAAGAUCUAUUCAAUCAUUUAUAUCUUCUUAUUUGUUUCUUCUUCUCUGGUUUCCCCUGUUUCUUCUUCAAUGGAUUCUGAUAUUGACUCUAAACUAAGCAAUGAAACGCAUCGUUUUCGGCCUGGUGAACAAGUUCAGAGGUUAAGAAGAAUCAGAGAACAUCUUAAAAAGAUCAAUAAAACUCCUGUUAAAACUAUUCAAAGUGUAGAUGGGGAUCUUAUAGAUUGUAUAUUGGCACAUCAACAACCAGCAUUUGAUCAUCCUAUGUUACAAGGUCAAAAACCAUUGGAAGCACCAGAGAGGCCAAAAAGCCAGGAAAGUAACAGUAUGUUUGAAGAAAGCUUGCAAUUAUGGCAUUUAACAGGAGAAGCAUGCCCAGAAGGAACAAUUCCAAUAAGAAGAACUAUUGAAGAUGAUAUGAUGAGAGUUAAUUCUAUUAGAAGAUUUGGAAGAAAACCCAGAAGAGUUAGAAGAGAUUCUACUGGCUCUGAUCAUGAGCAUGCAGUGGGAUAUGUAUCCGGACAACAAUAUUAUGGAGCAAAAGCAAGCAUAAACGUUUGGUCACCUAGAGUUUCUAAUCCAUAUGAAUUCAGUUUAUCACAAAUGUGGGUCAUUUCUGGUUCCUUUGGUGAUGAUUUAAACACAAUUGAAGCUGGUUGGCAGGUUAGCCCUGAGCUUUAUGGAGACAACUACCCUAGGUUCUUUACCUAUUGGACUAGUGAUGCCUACCAAGCGACUGGAUGCUACAACUUGUUAUGCUCUGGCUUUGUUCAAACUAAUAGUAGGAUUGCUAUCGGGGCUGCUAUUUCACCAACAUCUUCAUAUAAAGGAGGACAGUUUGAUAUUAGCUUGUUAAUUUGGAAGGAUCCAAAGCACGGAAAUUGGUGGCUCGAAUUCGGAUCAGGUAUUUUAGUCGGGUAUUGGCCCUCAUUUUUGUUCACCCACCUAAGAGACCAUGCAAGUAUGGUUCAAUUUGGAGGAGAAAUAGUGAAUUCAAGGGCACAAGGUUUCCACACUUCAACACAAAUGGGAAGUGGUCAUUUUUCAGGGGAAGGCUUUGGAAAAGCUUCCUAUUUUAGGAAUUUACAAAUUGUAGAUUGGAGUAAUAGUUUAAUUCCAUUAUCUAAUCUCAAAGUUUUGGCAGAUCAUCCAAAUUGCUAUGAUAUUAGAGGUGGGAUUAAUAAUGUUUGGGGUAAUUAUUUUUACUAUGGAGGUCCUGGGAGAAAUGUUAGGUGUCCCUAAAAAUUAGGGCACCUAAAUUUUCCAUCACAUAUUGUAUUUUUUGGGGUGCCUUAAGUUGGGGUUUGUCGUAAUUGUUCAUGGGUUUGGGUUAUUUUUAUAGUUUUUUUUUUCUCUAUUUAUAUAAAAAAUUUUGGGAUCUUAGUCUAAUGUGUGAUCAAUUAAUUAAUCACAUUGUUUGUAGGAAGCCUUUGUAUAAAUUUUAUCUCGGAAAGGAAAAGUGAAUAUAGUAUGAUUUUCUUUUUU